CCAGUCAGAUGUUUUCUGUGGUCUUUGACUCCGGACAGCAGGAAGUAAACAGGAAACUGAACCGGUGAGAAUAAAGAUAACGGACCAAAAAUACCUCUGUGUCGGUAGAAGCGAUGGAGGAAUAUAACUCUGGAGAUGAGGUUGCCUUCAAUGCCGAUGAGGUCAAUAUCUCAAUUAAAGAGUGUGUGGAAGGUGUUAUUGGUGGAACAGAUUACAACCAGAAUAAAGUGAACCAGUGGACGGCCAGUAUCGUGGAGCACUCUCUGACUCACCUGGUGAAACAGGGGCGGCCGUUCAAAUACAUAGUAAACUGUGCGAUAAUGCAGAAGAGCGGCGCUGGUCUCCACACAGCCAACUCCUGCUACUGGGACACUGCCACUGAUGGAAGCUGCACAGUCCGUUGGGAGAAUCGCACCAUGUACUGUGUGGUCAGUGUGUUUGCUGUUGCUGUGACGCUGUGAGCUGCUAUCUCUCUCCUCACUCCUUCAUGUCUGAAGCUUGAAGUGGCACCGUGACCAAGAAAAUUCUCUGAUACCCUCUGUAUGUACAAGUAGAGUUUUUCUCCCCACAGGCUCAAACAACCGCACCUCAUGAUAAAGAGUUGUGGUUUGAGUCGACUGCAUUUCUCUGAGAUGUGGAAUUUUAGGGACCAGGUGGGGGAAAAAAACCCUGAAGCAAUCUUUGUGUGAAAUUACACCUCAAACACUCAUGUACUUUAGUGUGACAGGCAGUCUUGGGAAGUGAAAACUAAAUAUUCUCUCAAUAUGUCUGACAUAUUAUCUGUGCAUAAUGUCAAACUUGAAUAGUUUAUAGCCAUGCCAGUACGAAGGUUCUAAGAAUUCCAGUGUCAACCUUUGGAGUACACAUUCAAAUCCUCAUCGGGAUACAUUGAAAAACUGUAGAGCCGCACAGAGCGUCUAACAUGGCUGUGGACUCUUAAUGUUGUCUUCAUUCCUCUCCUUCAGUACAUUCCAAAAUAAAACCCAAAAGUGUGAUAUUCAAGAAAGUCUAAAUACCUACCUGAAUUCUUCUGUGAUCUGUAUUUAUUGCAGAUAUGAGGGUGCAUUUUUCAGAAUGAUGGAGUUUAAUGUUCAGAGGGACUAAUGCACUUUUACUGGUAUUCUUCUGUAGAAAUCCUGAAAUUCUUCUGUAAAAUUGAGUAAAUGAAGGCUGUGUAAUAAAUUAAUUUAUU